GCAGACAAAGUUAAAAGUUUGAACUCCAUCCAGAUCUAUGGUUAUGGUUAUAUAUGCUCCUGGUAAUGGUAAUAAAAAUCAGCAUCAGCAAGGGAUCUUAAGGACGAGAAAUUUCUCACCUUGUAUAUUUUGCCAUCCUCAUUUUGCAAAAGAUAAAUAGAGUAGAAGUUAAAUAGAGAAGAAAUGGCCAUUAAAGAGGAAAUAGAAAAUGGUAAUGGUAAAAACGGUGUGCACCAAGAAGCGAGAGAGCCUUUAAUGAGGAAGAAUCUAGCAGAUGAGGAAAAUGGAUCUAGAGAACAAAAUAGCAGCAAAGAGAGUGUCUGGAUGGUUUAUCAAAGCACGUUUGUUGCGGUGUGUGGUUCUUUUGAAUUUGGAUGCUGUGCAGGCUAUUCCUCGCCUACUCAAGAUGCCAUAACAGAAGAUCUCUCUCUAAGUCUAGCAGAGUAUUCUGUAUUUGGUUCCAUACUGACAUUUGGUGCAAUGAUUGGUGCAAUCACAAGUGGUCCAAUUGCUGAUUUUAUUGGCCGAAAAGGGGCAAUGAGAGUUUCUGCUGCCUUCUGUGUAGCAGGGUGGCUUGCCAUUUACUUUGCUAAGGGGGUUUUGGCAUUAGAUUUUGGAAGACUGGCAACCGGAUAUGGGAUGGGAGUUUUUUCUUAUGUGGUACCUGUGUUUAUAGCUGAAAUUGCACCCAAAAAUCUUCGAGGAGCUCUAACAACUUUAAAUCAGCUUAUGAUAUGCGGUGGAGUGUCGGUUUUCUACAUAAUAGGGACAGUACUAACAUGGAGGGCUCUAGCAUUAACCGGACUUGUCCCCUGUGGUAUUCUGCUUUUAGGCCUAUUUCUCACUCCAGAGUCCCCCAGAUGGCUGGCAAAGAUGGGACGUGACAAGCAGUUUGAGACUGCACUAAAGACACUACGCGGCGAGGAUGCUGAUAUAACUCAGGAAGCGGAUGAGAUUAAGGAUUAUAUAGAAACCCUUGAGCGGCUCCCGAAAGCCAAACUGCUAGAUUUGUUUCAAAGAAGAUACCUCCGCUCAGUUAUUAUAGGAGUUGGAUUGAUGGUCUUUCAGCAAUUUGGAGGAAUCAACGGAGUCUGCUUUUAUACCAGCAACAUAUUUGAGUCAGCAGGGUUUUCUGCCACUAUUGGGACCAUAGCCUAUGCCAUCAUUCAGGUUGUAGUUACUGGCCUUAACACAACCGUGAUAGACAAAGCUGGAAGAAAGCCUCUAUUAUUGGUUUCCGCAUCAGGACUAGUCAUUUCCUGCUUGAUAACUGGGAUUUCAUUCUAUCUUAAGGAUCAUGAAAUGGCACUCACUUCUGUACCCACACUCGCCGUUACUGGCAUACUGUUGUAUAUAGGAUCAUUUUCAGCAGGGAUGGGUGCAGUUCCCUGGGUAGUAAUGUCAGAGAUAUUUCCUAUAAAUAUUAAAGGAGUAGCAGGAAGCCUAGCAACACUAACGAACUGGUUUGGUGCAUGGGCAAUUUCCUACACCUACAACUUCCUUACGAGCUGGAGUUCCUAUGGUACCUUUGUUCUUUAUGCUGCAAUCAACGCAUUGGGUAUUGUUUUCAUAGCGAAGGUGGUACCAGAAACCAAAGGAAGAACCCUGGAACAAAUUCAGGCAGCCAUUAAUGCAUAAAGAGAGACAGGAAAUGAAUGAACCAAAAAUUGGCAUCAUACUUCAGAAAUAAAUGCUAUUACCAAGCCAAGUCUAACAAAAUGGGAUCUGGGAAGGAAUUGCUAAAUGCUGAUGCCCUUCAUGUAUAAACAAACAAUUGUCACGAUGGGUGCUAAGAUUUGGUAUAUCAUGUUGAUUAUUUAGAUUCAAAUCAGCUUAUGUCUUCAAGGAAAUGAGAAAUUAUCAAUUUAAUACA